UUCCGUGGGCGGGGCUCACGCCCGUCCGGGCGACCUCCCCCGUGACUGCAGACGGUGAUCUGGUGUGGCGAGGGCGGCCGGAGCAGCCAUGCCCCGGUAUUACGAAGACAAGCCGGAGGGCGGCGCGUGCGCGGGCGUGAAGGAGGACCUGGGUGCGUGUCUACUGCAGUCGGCCUGUGUGCUCCAGGAAGGAAAAUCCCCACGGCAGUGUUUGAAAGAAGGCUACUGCAGAGCUUUGCAGAACUCAUUUUUUGAGUGUAAAAGAUCAGUGUUGGAUACCAGGUCAAGAUUCAGAGGAAGAAAAGGAUAUUGAUAACAUUCUACUGAAAGCAAGAUGAAAACGACCCAGGAUUGCCUCUGGUCCUUAACAGAAAAGAACCUCACAGGAAGCACAGUACCUGCUGCAUCUGACUUCUGGCCAGGUUUUCCCUCCUAGGACACUAGAGAGAACAGAUAAAUGCUGUUUCUG